CCUUCUUUCUUGCAGAAGAAGAAAAAGAAGAAGCAGAAGCAGAAGCAUGAUCACUCUCUUAAAUUGGUGAAGAGCACUGUCAUACACUUCAUUGCUAACAGUAAAACCAAAUGCCUUCAAUUCUCAAAUGUUUCUCCUUCAACUCAUCACCUUCUUCCUCAACCAUUCAAUACCCUUCCCAAGGUAACAACAACACCAUCUCCGACGAGUACCACCACGCCUUACACACCACGUCUUUUUCAGAGAUUCGCUCAAACGUCGAGGCCCAAGCCUACCACCUCAAACCCACGCGCGAGCGCGUCCAGCAAGCUCUAGCCCACUCCAACCCGGAGAGCCUCACACGCCUCUUGUCCGCGUUCUUUGAACACACUGAAGCUGCCUCUGACCUCUGCCUCAACCUCCACCACUCCGUCCUUCACGCGCGUGCCCUCCACGCGCCGCUCCUCGACCUCUUCCGAACCCUUGACCCUUCCCACCCCUCCCAAAACGACUGCGUUCGCGCCCUCGACGUCUUCCACCCUUUCCACACCCUCCCAAACCCCAUCCCCGACUUCCACACCUUCUCCGCCAUCCGCACCGACCUCUCCGCCCUCAAAACCACCCUCGACCGACGCGCCGCCAGAUCGCUCAGGAAUCUACGCCUCUCCCGCCGCGUCCUCCGCGGCUCAGCCGUCUGCCUCGUUGUGGUCGCAGCUGCCGUGAUUGUCGCCACCGUGGCCGCCGCGGUGCACGCUGUGGUUGCAAUUGCUGGAAGUGGUGCCGGUUUUGCUCUGCCGGUUUGUGCCUCUGAGAAGAGAGAACUUGCGAGACUGAGGCAGCUUCAUGCUGCUGCCAAAUGUGCUUACGUUUUGAGCAACGAUCUCGGGACGAUCGACGCCCUGGUGUCGCGGCUGCGCGCGGCGGUGGAGGGGGACAAAGUAUUAGUGAGCCUUGGAUUGGAGAGGGGGAAUGAGAGGUAUCUUGUGGAGGAAGUAAUCAAGCAGCUCUGGAAGAGUCACCAGGGGUUUCUACACCAGGUCGAGGAUCUUGAGGAGCAUAUUUUCCUCUGCUUUUAUAACAUUAACAAGCAUAAACAUUUGAGCCUGGGGGGCAAGGGAUGAAGGAAUGUAAAACUCAAAUACUGGCCACGAAGGUUCACCUUUAUGAGGUUUAAGUUGUUUCAGGAACAUUGCAAUGAUUUAAAAGGAUGAGGAAGUUUUACAGUGAAAUUAUGGGACUUAACAUGAUUAUUGACAAAUAUUCCAAACCACCAUCAAGGAGAGGUGUUUCCCUGCCUUGCCUUGAGGACAAGCUCUUCAGUGGUGGUGCCUAUGAUCUCGUUAGCCCGUUUCAGCCCAACGCAUUGGUAUCGGUUAAUGACAUCCUGAAUUCAAAGGAAAGCUUUCAGUGAAAAUCUCAAACUGAUAAAUGCAAAGCAUAUAUUUCCAAGGGAAGGAAGCAGGUAACAUGCUUACGUGAAAUAUGUCUUUACAAAAUAUCCAAUUACUGUGGAAAGAAUAGCACCAAUGACCCUCAAAUCAGCUUUAUCCACAUCAAGAGAACUACCUACAGCAGCCUAUGAAGAAAAACAUAUCAACUGCAUAAGUGCAAGAUGGCAAAGAUCAAAAGCACUGUAUCACAAAAACUCAAACCUGUGAUUGAAAAACUAACCAGCCCAACUAUAGCAGAUCCAAGAAACUUGACCCAAUCCAUUGGAGUCAAUCCUGGAUUUUUCUUUUCUGGCUGUCAAGUAAAAAGUUGUGACCAAGUCAUCACUUAUGCACCUUGGGGGAAUAGGUAAUUGGUAAUAACACAACCAUUGGAUGUUGAUGAGAUGAUUCACAAAUGAGGUAACUCACAAGAACUAUUUCCAUAUCAGCCAUUGGAAUGUUUUUGAAAUGCUUCACAUAAAUUCCUCUUUCUUGUUUUGAUUUGGUGCUAGCUGGCCUGAUGAAUCAUUUUCCAACUUAGAAUUCAGUAGAAUACAACUACUCAUGGAUUUUUUACAUCUUGUUUGAUUCUAUCCAAGCAUUACUUGUAUCCUUGUUUUUCACACAAUACACUUAUAUGAUAUUUUUCAGAAUAGUCUUUUAGGUAUUUCUUAAGAUGAUGAUAAAAAAACAUGUUUAUAGCUAUCAUUGUCUUAAAUGAAAGGAUUUUGUUCUCUCAAAAUAGCAUGCAUAUAGAUCAGAAAUGCAAGGAAAGACUGAUAAUUUUAUACAAAGAGGGAUAAUUUUCAUCAAACUUUUUAUUAUUUCUUUUAACAGUUCUAUAAUUUUCAGUCUAUAUAAUACAAUCAAAUAAUUUCAUUUUACAAAUUAGCAUAGUAGAGAUCAGAGAUACAAUUGAGCAUUACCUGUAGACAACAAUUAUCCUAUCAAAUGUUGGUUCUUGGAUUGUGUUCUUGUUCAGCAAACUACCGAUUCUGAAAAUUAGCAAACAAUUUCAUGAGUGACAAGAUAAUCAAACAUUCAAGAUUUAAACAGUUUUACAUGCAUGAGCUCAGCAGUUGUGAGACAAAGCAACAUGCAUUUCUCAGACAAACGAGUAGUUGGAUUUCUAGAUAGAAAAUUGAGAUUUAACAAAUAAGAAUAAUUUUCUAAAUCCUUUGCAAAAAUCUGUAUUCAAACUUUAUACUGGAGGACUACUGUUAACGUUUAGAAUUUUCCAAUGCCAUACUACUGGUAACUGUGAUGAUUCUAGAAUAAAUAACCAUUAUUAAUAUUGAUCAGAAGGUGAGAAUUUAAAUCUUUGAUAAAGUGGAAACUGCUAACAUUCAGGUUUUACUCUACACAAAUCUAAAUUAGCAGAAUACAUCAAAGUGAGUGGUGAAUGCUUAUUUCAAGAAGAGGCAGCCAUAAGCAUACUUCAAGGAUGAAUGUUGUGAAUGAAGUAUGAAAAGUCCUACUCCAGAAAGAAAA